ACUCUCUAUCUCUGUGCGCUCUCUUGCCGCCAUGUCGCUGCUUACCGAUUUGCUCAACCUCAACCUCACAGAACACACGGAGAAGAUUAUCGUCGAGUAUAUUUGGAUUGGGGGAUCUGGUCUGGAUAUCAGGAGCAAAGCAAGGACUCUUCCGGGACCCGUUACUGAUCCAAGCCAGAUACCUAAAUGGAACUAUGAUGGCUCGAGCACUGGCCAAGCUCCCGGGAAGGAUAGUGAAGUGAUUUUGUACCCUCAGGCUAUCUUUAAGGAUCCAUUCAGGAGGGGAAACAACAUUCUUGUCAUGUGUGACUGUUACACACCAGCUGGAGAGCCAAUCCCCACCAACAAAAGAUAUAAUGCGGCUAAAAUUUUCAGCCACCCUGAUGUAGUUGCUGAAGAGACUUGGUAUGGAAUUGAGCAAGAGUACACCCUUCUUCAAAAAGAUGUCAAUUGGCCCAUUGGGUGGCCUGUGGGGGGGUACCCUGGUCCUCAGGGUCCCUACUACUGUUCGGCGGGUGCUGACAAAUCUUUUGGCCGUGAUGUAGUUGAUGCACAUUACAAAGCUUGCCUAUAUGCCGGUAUUAACAUUAGUGGCAUCAAUGGAGAGGUCAUGCCUGGUCAGUGGGAGUUCCAAGUUGGCCCAUCCGUUGGCAUUUCUGCUGGUGAUCAGUUGUGGGUUGCUCGAUACAUUCUGGAGAGGAUAACUGAAAUUGCUGGUGUGGUACUUUCAUUAGACCCGAAGCCCAUCCAGGGAGACUGGAAUGGUGCUGGUGCGCACACUAACUACAGUACAAAAUCCAUGAGGGAAGAGGGAGGUUAUGAAAUCAUAAAGAAGGCAAUUGAAAAACUUGGCCUGAGGCACAAGGAGCAUAUUGCUUCUUAUGGCGAAGGCAAUGAGCGGCGCCUCACUGGAAGGCAUGAGACUGCUGAUAUCAACACUUUCUCUUGGGGUGUUGCGAAUCGUGGAGCUUCGGUUCGUGUUGGCCGCGACACUGAAAAGAAUGGCAAAGGUUACUUUGAGGAUCGGAGGCCAGCAUCAAAUAUGGAUCCUUACGUUGUAACAUCCAUGAUUGCUGAAACAACAAUCAUCUGGAAACCAACAUAAGAAGAAUUGAUUUCCAGAUUUGAAUUUAUGCAAUUCAUAUAUAUGUGGCAUUGAUAGCAGUUUGCUUGUUUCCAACUGUUUCUAGUUUGCUCUUAUGCUGGGCAUUGUUCUUAUUUGCUCACUGUUGUGAACUUACCAAAUGUCAUAGUAUUCCUUCCUUGC